CUGUGUCAAUUGUUAAAAUUUUCCUUUACUUUGUUUUUAUUACGCUGCAACGGUGAAUGUUGGCAGAACUAUAAAAACCGACCGAAAAAUAACUUAAUAAAAAAAGGUACCAAUUCCUCAUAUGAAGGAGGAAAAGGAUCAAACCCGCUUCUAUAACUUAAAAUGCCCUAUCUAUAUAAAAAAAAUGUCCUGUUUUUUCUGUCCUUUUUAAAAUAUUUUCAUCAUUUUUUCCGCUUUUAUUUUGUAAGUUUGUCCUGUUUUUGAGACGAACAGAAGGUGGCAAAAGGCAUAAGGUGGCAAAUAGUUGCGCAACAAACACACACACAUACAAAAUAUAUUUCUAUUAAAACAUAUCUUUGCAUGUCCCUCGAGAAUGUGAAAUCAAAAAAUACAAACUCUUUAAAUAUUUUCUUUAUUUUUAUAAAUUUUGAUUUAAUUAGUUUUCGCUGAUCAAUUUGUCCUGGUUAAGGCGCUCACUGUAUUUUUCUCGACAUAAAUUUUUAAUUUGAAAUAUUCGCGGCAAUGUAUCGCAGCGCUGCAUUGGAGGUUUUGAAUUACUCCAGAUGGCGCCAAGAUAUUGUAGAAUUGUAAAUUAUAGAUAUACGAUAGCUAAAUGGAACUGCAGAAAGUGGGCGCCACAAACUUCGUAAUUGUAAAAUAGAACAGGAUCCUCGUAAAUAUUCAGCUGCGGAUUACAAUUAACUUACGCAUUGCGGGUGCCUACAUUCUGACGUACACCGGCAAGAAAUGGCUGACCAUGGAGCUGGAGCCAUUAUCCGAUGCGGAUUCGUCGGCUUUGGCACGCUAUGUCAUUGUGCUGCUCAAUAAACACAAAUCAGAUGAGGAUAUCAAGGAUAUCAUGAUCCACAAGAUGUAUGUGUUCAUACAAGCGCAGACGGCGAGCUUUGUGGAGCAUCUUUUCCAUACCAUUGCCACCAAGAAAUAUUAAAAAUAAAUGUAAUUUUCCCGGAGACCG